AUGACCCUGAGCACGUUGGCCCGCGAGAGGAAGGCGUCCCCCGCCUGCACCUGCAGCCUCGGGGGCCCCGACAUGAUCCCUUACUUCUCCGCCAACGCGGUCAUCUCGCAGAACGCCAUCAACCAGCUCAUCAGCGAGAGCUUUCUAACUGUCAAAGGUGCUGCCCUUUUUCUACCACGGGGAAAUGGCUCAUCUGCACCAAGAAUUAGCCACAGACGCAACAAGCAUGCAGGUGAUCUCCAACAGCAUCUCCAAGCAAUGUUCAUAUUACUCCGCCCAGAAGAUAACAUCAGGCUGGCUGUAAGACUAGAAAGUACUUACCAGAAUAGAACACGCUAUAUGGUAGUGGUUUCAACUAAUGGUAGACAAGACACUGAAGAAAGCAUCGUCCUAGGAAUGGAUUUCUCUUCUAAUGACAGUAGCACUUGUACCAUGGGCUUAGUCCUGCCCCUCUGGAGUGAUACCCUAAUUCAUUUGGAUGGUGAUGGUGGGUUCAGUGUAUCAACGGAUAACAGAGUGCACAUAUUCAAACCUGUAUCUGUACAGGCAAUGUGGGUUGACAAGGAUUCAAGGAACAGACAUUGUCAUUUACUAUUGGUGGGAAAAUAA